AUGAACACCCAUACUGGCGAUACUGGAGCCCCAACGUCUCCAGCAGUCUCGAGUCGCUCCGAGGAAGCCAACUCGGCCCUUAGCCCAGGGUCGAUUGACCGUGUCUUUCCUGUUCGCUCCGCCAUCACGAUCGACCCAACUGCGACGCCGAUGCCCAGGAGCGAGCAGGGGUAUGGGUUUCCUCUCUUUAGACCCUCUGCCCAGGCAAGAAGGCCAACCCGUACUGCCGAUUUGACCGGCUCGCCCUCCAGUCAGCCCUCGGCGAGGGCAAUAUCCGUCUCGGAAGAGCCAGAGCCCUCCACUUUGGGACAGCAGCGUCGCCCGCGACAGUCAACAGACAAUCAGAUAGCCUUCCAUCUUGAUCCCCAAGUGGUCACAAAUCUUUUGAUCACAGACGAUCAGUCACAAAAGUCAGAGGUCUCGAGCGUAUCUGGAGGUGUCGCCUUGAGCGCUUUGCAAGAGCCAGCUCUGGUCACUGCGCGGUUCAAACACAUAGUAACCGAUGGUGGCCACGCAGUCAUCACUGGCAGAGACGGCGAAACAUUGCAGCGCUGCGAGGACGAACCCAUACACCUCCCCGGCGCCGUUCAAAGCUUCGGGCUUCUGGUUGCCUUGCGCGAAGAGGAAGAAAAGUUCAUAGUACGAGUCGUCAGUGAAAACUCGGCCAAGAUCAUAGGCUACGCACCUCAGGAGCUGUUCCAGCUCGCUUCGUUCUUAGACAUCUUCAGCGACGAACAAGCAGACAAUUUUCUGGAUCAUCUGGACUUCAUUCGCGAUGAGGGUGAGGGAGAUGUUGUUGCCAACGGACCGGACGUAUUCAUGCUUACCAUCAGGCCUCCUCAUGCCAGAAGCCGCAAACUUUGGUGUGCAAUGCACCUGUCGGAGAGCGAUCCUGGGAUGAUCAUAUGUGAAUUCGAGAUCGAGGACGACAAGAUCAAUCCCCUGCGACCGCCAGACGACGACACUCCAGAGAUCCCGGAAGAUACGCUUGGAAGCAAACCAACCGAGGAAGAGUUUAUUGACAGUACUGUCAAUAUUAGCAAACCCCUUCGUGUUUUGCGAAGUGCGCGCAAGAAACGUUCUGAAGCGGCCGCUAUGGAGGUUUUCAACAUCAUGUCUCAAGUGCAAGAGCAACUAGCCAAUGCGCCGACUCUUCCAAUCUUCUUGAAAGUCUUGAUCGGCAUCGUGAAGGAGCUCACGGGCUUCCACAGAGUGAUGGUUUACCAAUUCGACCAAGCCUGGAAUGGGCGUGUUGUGGCCGAAUUGGUAGACCCCAGGGCAACUCGUGACCUUUACAAGGGCCUUAACUUCCCUGCGUCGGACAUCCCUAAGCAGGCGAGAGAGUUAUACAGGAUCAACAAGGUUCGGCUACUCUACGAUCGCGACCACGAGACGGCUCGACUGGUAUGCCGGACUAUGGAAGACCUGGAGAAGCCUCUCGACAUGACGCAUGCCAAUCUCCGAGCAAUGUCACCCAUCCACCUUAAAUACCUAGCCAACAUGGCCGUCCGCUCUUCAAUGUCAAUCUCGAUCAAUGCAUUCGGUGAAUUAUGGGGUCUGAUCGCUUGCCAUACGUAUGGGCCAAAAGGAAUGCGGGUCUCGUUCCCCAUCCGUAAAAUGUGCCGCCUCGUUGGCGAUACUGCUUCUCGCAAUGUCGAGCGCCUGUCGUAUGCAUCGAGACUUCAAGCACGGAAACUCAUCAACACAACAUCUUCGUCCUCUAAUCCGUCAGGAUACAUCGUGGCGUCAUCUGAAGAUCUUCUGAAGCUAUUUGACGCCGACGUUGGCGUGCUGUCAAUACGCGACGAAACUAAAGUCAUGGGAAGGUCUGGAGGGCAUCUGCAGGAAGUGCUUGCCAUGGUGGAAUAUCUACGGAUGAGAAGAAUGACUUCGGUUUUCUGUUCGCAAGACAUAGUAAAUGACUUUCCCGACCUACAAUACGAGCCAGGAUGGAAAUAUCUUGCGGGUUUGUUGUACGUUCCACUCUCCAGCGGUGGCGGCGAUUUCAUUGCGUUCUUCCGCAAAGGAGUCCUGCAAGAAGUCAAGUGGGCUGGUAAUCCCUAUGAAAAAUUCGUCAAGGAGGGCACCGAAGGCUACCUUGAACCUCGAACGAGUUUCAAAGCCUGGAGCGAGACUAUUGUAGGCCGUUGCCGUGACUGGACCGACGAGGAAAUCGAAACCGCAUCUGUUCUUUGCCUCGUAUAUGGCAAGUUUAUUGACGUGUGGCGCCAGAAGGAGGCUGCGCUACAAAACAGUCAACUCACCCGGCUCCUGCUUGCAAACUCGGCCCACGAAGUCCGGACACCCCUCAAUGCGAUCAUCAAUUAUCUCGAGAUCGCAUUAGAAGGACAGUUAGAUCAGGAUACACGUGAGAACUUGGCACGUUCACACUCGGCCUCGAAAUCUCUGGUGUAUGUCAUCAACGAUCUGCUGGACCUUACCAAGACGGAAGGUGGGCAGAAUCUGGUAAAAGAUGAAAGUUUCGAAUUCCUCGUUGCGCUCAAAGAAGCAACAGAUCCUUUCAUUGGUGAUGCAAAGCGCAAAAAUCUGGAGUACCACGUUUCCAUCGCUUCUGGCCUGCCGCAGAGAGUAGUAGGUGAUCAUCGACGAGUGCGACAGGUUGUGUCGAAUCUGAUUUCCAACGCCAUUCAACACACAAGCCAAGGGAAAGUGACUGUGGAGGUUUCUUUAUCCGAGACAUCCUCGCAAGACGACAAGACGGAAGUAGAAAUUGUGGUCGAGGACUCUGGUGUGGGCAUGUCACAGGCCAAAGUCGACGCUCUAUUUCGAGAACUAGAAGAAGUCACCUACGAAGAAGAUAUUUCGGACAUCAAGCUGCUUGGCAGCAGUCAAUUCUCUGAACCAGUUUCUGCGAAUCCGGAAGUGGCAUUGGGGCUUGGGCUUGCUGUAGUGGCUAGAACAAUCCGGCAUAUGCAUGGACAACUCCGGGUGAAAACUGAGGAAGGCAGGGGCUCGCGCUUUGUCAUUCUUCUGAGCUUCAAUACUGAACAUGCAAGCGAGAACACUAGGAGUGCUGCGCUUUCGCCACCGUCACCAGUGUCUCACUCCACCACGGGAACUGAUGCGACUCCCAAGGAUGGCGAAGUUACACUAAUCUACCGGAGUCCACAAUCACGGACAGAGGCAAAUACAUUGACUCGAAAGCAUAGUGCUGGAAGCACGCAGAGCAUCAACAGCCUUCGGAGUGGAAGAAGCGGGAAAAGCGCAAUCAGCACCAAAAGCGACGUUAGCCAGAAAAGUGAUGCGGACAGGCUCAUCGACGCAAUCCAAGAGCCUCUGCGCCUUUUUGACAAGUCGAAUACAUCGGAUGGGUCUAUUAGGGGAAACCGUACUUCUACCAGCUCUAACAUAAGCUCACCUUCGGAACCGACGUCUCCAUCCAGACUGAGAGCGGUAUCUUCACCUCAGACGCCGAGACCGCAUUCGAUCAUGAAACAACCAGGUGUGGAAAAAGUGGCGGACUCUGGUACGCCUCUUCGACCUGUUAGGAUGCCUGACGAGUACACGGAAAGAAUCGAGCCAUCGAAAACUGGGUCGAAGGUGCUUUUCGAAGACCCGGAGUCAAUAGGGGCACCAUCCGACACGACGGAAACGUCGAGGCUGGGCUCGUCGGACAACUUUUCUGUCUUGGUUGCAGAAGACGAUCCCAUCAACAGCAAGAUCAUGAAGAAGCGGCUUGAAAAGCUGGGACACGCUCCUUAUAUGACUGUGAAUGGCGAAGAGUGUGCUUCGGCUCACGGCGAACAGCCUGCUUCGUACGAUGCCAUUUUGAUGGAUCUGCAAAUGCCAAUUGUAGACGGAUUCAGCUCUACCAAAAUGAUUCGCUCCUUUGAAAAGACGCAUUUGGGCACUUCUCUGUCGAGCAGAGCUCGCGUGAUUGGCAGGAUCCCCAUAUUUGCCGUCUCGGCUUCGUUAGUCGAGAAGGAACGCGACAAGUACAUCCAGACGGGGUUCGACGGCUGGAUCUUGAAGCCAGUGGAUUUCAAAAGAGUGAACCAAUUGCUCAAGGGCAUUGUUGACCCGGAUGCACGGAAUGCUUGUUUUUAUGAAAAAGGCAAUUGGGAGAUGGGUGGAUGGUUCAAACCCGCCGAUGAUCAGCAGGACGCAUUUGAGGUCGACACUCAUCCUAGCCAGGAAAAGCCCGUUGCUGAAGCCGAAAAGGCUCGAAAACAAUCCAAUGCUUCAGCGACAUGA